GAAGAAGGCGGGGCUAGACGGAAGAAGCCGCUCGAGCGCCUCAAGCAAAACAAAAGCGAUCCAACGAAAUAUUUCGCGAUUAAACUGAGCAGAUGCUUUGCUGAUGAUGUCGGCCUAUCCAUCCUCUUCCUCCAAGAGUCUGACCUCCACCCCUCUCAAAUCCAGAGCCAGCGUCCCGGGCAGCGUCCUGCAGCGCAGCAGGAGCGUGGAGUCCACCGGAGACUCGACGUCCUCCCUGCUGUCACCCAUCUAUCAUGACAGCUUUGAGCUUUCAGAUGAGGAACCAGAGUCAGAUCAGCCUCGGCCCAUUCACAACAUGACCGUCACGUUAAGUGAAGAUGGCGCACCAGUGUCUCCCUCCAGGGAUGAGGUGGACACAACAGGCCUGGAGGACAGAUCUUCCGGCGGGCACUUCAAACUGAGCGCCUGGGAGCAAUGGAUUGUGGAUAAAGCCAAAGAGGAGCGUAUCAGAAAACAACAGAAAGCUAUGGAGGAGCUCACGCUGAAGGAAAAAGAGGAAGAGCAGAAGAAAGAGCAACAGAAGAAGAAAGUUGCCUGUGAUUGCAAAAUUCAAGAGUGGCUGCAAAUGAAACGAGAACAGGAAAAGAAAGAGAGAGAGUCCAAAGAGUUUCAGAAAAGCAAAGAACAGCUUCAAGAGGAGAAAAGACGUGCUGAGAUCGAAAAGAAAGCCCAGGAGAAAUAUAAGGAGUGGCUGCGGAAGAAGAAGCAAGAAGAAACGGAGAGAAAGUUAAAAGAGAAGGAAGAAGCAGCCAGAAGAGAAGCAGAAGAGAGGGAGCGCAAAGAAAAGGCGGAGGAAAGCUUUAAAGAAUGGCUUGCUGAUGUAAAAACGAAAGGAAAACUGAGCCGACAGUCAUCAGCAUCCUCAGCCGGCAACUAUAACAAUGUGAACUAUCCAGCUCCGAGCUUCGUCAACCCCAUUCCCUGGAAACCCAUUCAUGUUCCACAGCAAGACAGAACGCCCAGGAAAAGUUCGGCACGUAAGAGAACGCCAGGACCGCCUAAAAGCCAGUCGACCCCCUGUCUCACAUACAGACCUAAAGACACCGUCGCUUUCUCUUGUAAGAGACGGUGACACUGACAUCUGCUGGUCCCAGGCCAGUAUUAACUCUUCUGAAGACUUCCUGCGUUUUUGUCAAGCAAGUGUUUAACAUCUAAGACUGAUGUCAUUUGGCAUGAGUGAAGAUCCAGCAGGAGGCCUGAUGUUUCUCACUGUCAUUGUGAUGGAUUUGACGGAUUGAUCAUUUGUCAAUUAUGAAUUUGACUUGUAUAGUUCUGGUUGAAUGUUAGCUAAAUAUGAAAUACAGAUGAUUUUUCUUGACCAAAUUAAAGAUACUUGGAAAUACAGUAAUUUUUCCAAUAUUAUUUAAGUUAUUUGGUUCUGUCCAAACAUUUCAGCAUAUCCAUCUGUUUAAAGAGCCGUCUGUCAUACACUACCGUUUUGAGUCAGUAAUAUAUAUUUAAUGUUUUUGAAAGAAGUCUCUUCUGCUCACCAAGGCUGCAUUUAAUUGAUCAAAAGUACAGAAAAAACUGGAAUAUUUUUACAAUUUAAAACAAAUGUUUUCUAUGUGAAUAUAUUGUAAAAUGUAAUCAAAGCUGAAUUUUCAGCAUCAUUACUCCAGUCUUCAGUGUCACAUGAUCCUUCAGAAAUCAUUCUAUUAUGAUGAUUUGAUGCUCAAGAAAGAUUUCUGAUUAUUAUCAAUGUUGAAAAUAGUUGUGCUGCUUCAUGUUUUAUUUUUGGGAAAAUUAUUUUUUUUAGGAUACUUUGAUGAAUAGAAAGAGAAAUAGAAACCUUUUGUAACAUUAUGUCUUUACUGUCAAUUUAAUGCAUCCUUGAUUAAUUAAAACAGCUAUUUUAAAUCACA